AUGACGCCUCCUCCCGAUCCCCGUGCUCAACCUGGCGAACACCAGUUCUGGACCGAUCCUAUCCUUUGCAAGGAGACUCAAGUUGGAGUGGGACAUUUCCGCAGUCUUGGAUGGCUCCCCACAAACUUCAAACCCAAUGCCCCAUCAAUGAGAUAUGAUUUAAGUCGACAGGCGCCCCAAGAGCUUGGGCGGAAUGCAAGGUUUGAGAAUAAUGGGAACUUUACCACCCAGGAACGGCAGAGGGUGCUUGGCCAGUCUGGUAACGCGGUUUUCGAAAAGAACUAUCAAUCGCAGUUUAUCUAUCGUGAGGCUAUCUGA